CAAUGGGUUUCUGGGAUUGGAGCUGCAGAGCCAGGAGCCCCAGUGCCCUUUCCUCCUCCCACCGCCCACCAAAACAUGGGGUCCAAGAUCUUCUGUUGUUGCCGCAAGACCAGCGAGGGGUCUUCUACCACUGCUGGCUUCCACAAUCCAAGAAUGUUCCAACAGCAUCAUCCACGGUCCUUUAAUCUGAACACAAAUUCUCUCCACAGUGCUGCACCAAACAGACAUCCACGCCUCCCCCAUGACAAACGCGUGAUGCUCAAGGCGUGCACCCUCAGGAGGCCAUGAGCAUUCUAGUCGGCGGCACCCACGUGGUCCCUGAGGCUGCACGGCUGCUGCGCUUCCAUGAGGAAGAGGGUGGUGGACAGGAGUCAUGAAGACUGAUUCAGAAACUCCCCUGCAGGAGGAGAAGAUGUCUGAGCCAUCCCUGUGCCACCACCAAGAGUCACUCCAGCUUCUGAAAAAGCCACCAUUGGGGGAGCUGCCUCCAAUUAAAGUCCGUGGUCACAUCA